AUGACACAGUUCUUACCACCUAAUUUGUUGGCGCUUUUCGCACCACGAGAUCCAAUCCCUUUCCUCCCACCAAUAGAGAAACAUGCAAAUCAUAGGAAAUUACCAUAUACCGGUGUAGCUCAAUUCUUGGGAGAGUUUGAAGAUGCGUCUGAAACUCCGGCCCCAGUGCGCAUAGAAACUCGUGAGGAACGUAAGGAAAGAAAACGUCGAGAGAAACAAGAGCAAGCCAAUUAUAAACUUGAACAAGAUCUCGCAUUAUGGAAUCCUAAGAAAAAUCCGAAGGCUACUUCUAAUCCUUACAACACGAUGUUCGUAGCCAGACUUAACUAUGACACCACAGAAUCCAAACUAAAGCGGGAACUUGAUGUCUUCGGGAGGAUUAACAACAUUGUAAUGGUAAAGAAUGUUAUAACGGGGAAGCCUCGUGGAUAUUGUUUUGUGGAGUUUGAACAUGAACGUGAUAUGCAUGCCGCCGUCAAAGCCCUGAAUGGCAGAAAAAUCGAUGGUGUCCGCGUUGUGACAGACGUUGAGCGGGGAAGGACUCGUCCUGAUUGGAGGCCUAGGCGUUUAGGCAAGGGCUUAGGUAAGAAUCGCCAAGGACCCACUGACAAGCCUCAUCGCAGACAUGAAAAUGGACGUGAUCCCAGUCACGAUCGCAGUUUCGGUCGACCUAUCUCAAGUGCACAUGUUCGUGAUCGCGACAAAGAAUACAGACGAAGGCGCAGUCGAUCUCGGAGUAAAUCAAAAGAACGUGAUCGACGCGGUCGUAGCCGGAGUCGAGACCGACAUCGAAAACGCCGGAGUCCAGAUGAGCGGGAUCGUGAUCGUGAUCAUAAGCGCCGUGACCGCCGUCGAGAUGAUAUGAUUCGGCAGUAUGGAGAGUAUGGUGCUGAAAUUAGGGCGGAAUACAAUGGAGAUGCAUAA